AUGGCCAGUACGUCGAAACCUGCAAGGCCCACAGGCCCGGGAAUUCGCAGUUUUUUGGCCCAGAUGUACCCCCCUGCGCCGCAGUACACGGAGAAAGAGAUGCCAGACCUCACUGGCAGAGUGUACAUUGUCACCGGGGCCAACACAGGCGUCGGUAAAGAGGUGGCCUCGCUGCUAUAUUCAAAAAAUGCCAAAGUCUAUCUCGCUGCCCGCUCAGAAGACAAGACGACGGAUGCCAUAGCGGAUAUCAAGAAGUCGUGGCCUCAAUCUGACGGCGAACUCGUCUAUCAAAAGCUGGACCUGGCGGAUUUGUCGACUGUCAAGGCUUCAGUGAAUCAAUUUACGGACACGAAGCUCCACGGUCUGAUCAACAACGCUGCUGUGCAGGCGCUCGCGGCGCAGUCACCCAACAACACUACAGCACAAGGUCAUGAAAUCCAUCUCGGUGUCAAUGUCCUCGGCCAGUUCCUCUUUACCAAGCUUCUGACGCCCAAGCUUGUAGCGACGGCGAAGGCCGAGCCUGCAAAUACCGUACGGGUCGUAUGGGUUUCAUCCCUCGGACUCGAGAUGAUCGGGGAGCAGGACUACGGCAUUACCACCAAAUACGUCGACUACUGGCCUUCUUUGAAGCCGCUCGAGCGUUAUGGCCUCAGCAAGGCAGGCAACUGGCUCUACGCGGUGGAAUUUGCCAAGCGGCACAGAAACGACGGCGUCGUGAGCGUACCGUGCAAUCCGGGUCAUCUGAGCUCGGAGCUCUACCGCGACGGCGGCGCCCUCUUCAAGCGUGUCCUCAACACUCUAGUCUUGUACCCGCCGCGCUACGGCGCCUAUACUGAGCUUUUCUCCGCACUCUCCAGCAAGAUCACAAUAGAGCAGACUGGCGAUUGGGUGGUGCCGUGGGGACGCUUCUAUCGCCUGAGGCCUGACUUGGAAGCGGCGAGGAAAUCGGAAGCAGAAGGUGGAAAUGGCCACUCCGCCAAGUUUUGGGCUUGGUCAGAAGAGCAGGUCGCUAAGUACACGUAA